CAACACAGAGCGGGCAAGGCCAGGCAGGCCAUGGGGCACUGGGCGCUGCUGCCCGGCUGGGUUUCUGCUACACUGUUGCUGGCGCUGGCCGCUCUGCCUGCAGCUCUGGCCGCCAACAGCAGUGGCCGAUGGUGGGGCAUCGUGAACGUAGCCUCCUCCACGAACCUACUGACCGACUCCAAGAGCCUGCAGCUGGUGCUGGAGCCCAGUCUGCAGCUGCUGAGCCGCAAGCAGCGGCGGCUGAUCCGCCAGAACCCGGGGAUCCUGCACAGUGUGAGUGGGGGGCUGCAGAGCGCUGUGCGCGAGUGCAAGUGGCAGUUCCGGAACCGCCGCUGGAACUGCCCCACGGCUUCGGGGCCCCACCUCUUCGGCAAGAUCGUCAACCGAGGCUGUCGGGAAACAGCAUUUAUCUUCGCGAUCACCUCUGCUGGGGUCACCCACUCGGUGGCUCGCUCCUGCUCCGAGGGCUCCAUCGAGUCCUGCACGUGCGACUACCGGCGACGCGGGCCUGGGGGCCCCGAUUGGCACUGGGGAGGCUGCAGCGACAACAUCGACUUCGGUCGCCUCUUCGGCCGGGAGUUUGUGGAUUCCGGGGAGAAGGGGCGGGACCUGCGCUUCCUCAUGAACCUUCACAACAACGAGGCGGGCCGAACGCUGAAGCAGGAGGUGCCGGGGUGA